GGAGAGCCGCGCGUAUUGACGGGAAUCUGAUGGUCGAUUUUCCUCUGACUGGAACUAGGACGCGGUUUGGACACAUGCCGUCCACAGCAGCGGAUUAGCCAUUAAACCCACAGACGAGUGGAAAGAUUUCAGGUAGAACUGACAUUUAUUUCUUUCCCUUGCUCAUUUGGAUCGGAUGUGGGAGCGGAUUUGAAUUGGCGCGUGACGUCCAAACACUGGAUAUUACUUUUAAAGGGAGAAGAUGCCCUUCCAUCAUGUGACGGCAGGGCUGCUGUAUAAAGGCAACUAUCUGAGCCGCUCUCUGUCUGAGCGCAGCGAUAGCGACCAGCUGGCCAGCAUCUCUGCAGAGGAACUGGAUGAAAUCCGUGAGGCCUUUAGGGUGCUGGAUCGCGACGGCAAUGGCUUCAUCUCUAAGCAGGAGCUUGGUAUGGCAAUGCGCUCACUCGGGUACAUGCCCAGUGAAGUGGAGUUGGCCAUCAUCAUGCAGAGACUGGACAUGGAUGGGGAUGGACAGGUGGAUUUUGAUGAAUUCAUGACGAUACUGGGCCCCAAACUUCUAUCCUCUGAAACACGGGACGGCUUCCUUGGAAACACAAUAGACAGCAUAUUUUGGCAGUUUGACAUGCAGCGGAUAACAUUGGAGGAACUCAAGCACAUUCUGUUCCAUGCCUUCCGGGAUCACCUCACAAUGAAGGACAUUGAGAACAUUAUCAUUAACGAGGAGGAGAGCCUGAAUGAGAAUUCAGGGAACUGCCAUACAGAGUUUGAGGGAGUCCAUCCAACCAAGAAGAACCGACAGACGUGUGUGCGCAAGAGCCUGAUCUGCGCCUUUGCCAUGGCCUUCAUCAUCAGCGUUAUGCUUAUUGCGGCCAAUCAGAUGCUGCGCAAUGGAAUGGAAUAGCGACGCCACUGUGAGCAGGGGUGUGAGGGCGGAACCUGCAUGUGCAUGUCCGUCAGAGACGUCAUUCCCUUCUGCCUGAACACAAA